UUGGCGCGCGGUUGCUCGUAUUUACGCGCGUAUAUACGCAAUUUUAGGUGUUGGAGGAGAGAGGAGGAAAGGAAAAAAAAUGCAGCGAAUGAUGAGCUUUCGGGGCUACGGGGCCGGGGAGACGAGCGAGUUCGUGACGAAACGGCUGUGCAUCUCGUUUCUGCUGUCUGUGGGUUUUCUUUGUCUCUUGGGCGGCUUUUUGCUUGGGGGCUUUGCCUCCGACUGGAACCUCAUGAUGCGAGAGAAGCGCAAGAUACACGAGCUUGCGGACAACGGGCUCCAAGGCACGAGGACCUUGCAACUCGAGCUCCUCGAUCGGCUCAACGCGACCGCCUUUUACGAGGACUUUGAAAUGUAGGCUUUUUUUUCUCCUCCCCCAAGUGCUGCGUGUCUCAAAAAAAUGAUUGCUUUUCGGGAAACUCCAGCCGGGGUUUNAUUUGCCGAUCUGAGCAUUUUCAGGCUCAACGUUAACGAGACCAAGACUACCACGAUGGCCACGGUUUGCGGAUCUAAGGAACAGGACAGAUAUAUCGUUUUGUCGGCCAGUGGCGAGGGCUUCGAUGUUGCCAUCAAAGUGGCCAAGACGCUCGAUUACAUACACAGAAACAAAGGAUGGGAGCCCAAAAGAUCCUUGAUUUUUUGCGUCUUUUUGGGCUCGACUGACUUUUGUAGUAAGAAGUUCUUGGACCGCAUCAAGCACAAGAUCGUCGCCUACAUCGCUGUGCACGGAAAUGCAGCCAGAGGAGGUGAUGAAAUCGUAGUCUCGGGUUCCGGUAUGGUCCAAGCCACCGUUAUAGACUCGUUAAAUCAGCUGAAAUAUUACAAUGCCAACUAUACGAAAAUUCAGUCGAUGAGUUCUCUACCUCGACUCAACAUUGAUAUUCCUCACGCUGUUCUCUCUUUUGUAACAAAUACAAAUUCAAGUUCAAAAAAUGUUGAGCAAAAUCAAAAGUACCUGGCUCAAAUUGUUGGACACACCAUGUGGACGUUGUCGGAAGAGACAUUCUUUCAAUGGGAUCCAAUGUACUUGAAUGAAAUUUUGAACAAAGCACUCACGACGAUAAAAGAUGAGGAGCUGCAAGGCACUAAAGAUAAUCUCAAUAAGACGAUUACAAACCUCAUAAAUAGUAUAAAAAACUUCAACUCGGAGUUAAAAAGAGUCGAUAUAUUAAAAACUUUAGAUAUACGCAUUAUAAAUGAUCGAAUAGUAGAUUUAGAUAGAGCACUACUUUGUCCGGAUACAUGGCUAAGAUCUAAAACUGAUUUAACAAAUUUUAAAUUAUUUCCGCACGAACCAACGCACAUGGUAAAAAUGAAUCUAAAUGAAAUUCAAGAUUGUUACAAGGCUGCCAAUGAUAUUAUUGUUGAACAAGCAUUUUGCAAGAGGCUGUUCAAAGAUGUUGAAAUCUUUUGAGAAUCGAAAUUAAAACUUUGUA